AUGUUGAAUAGGAGUUUCACAGUUAUUCCAGUCGUCUGCAUAUUCCUGCUUUUUGUGGGAUGCGUCGGCGCAAACUCCGGAGGCGGAAACGGCAGUAGCGAAUCAGGCGGCAUUAAGCUCGCCACUUGGGACUUUCACGAAUUCGAAUUAUUCUUCGGAGCCUUCGCCAUCAUAGUUUUGAUGUGUCUCUUCAAGACGUUCUACCCAAAGAUACCCUAUGUUCCCGAAUACGUUCCUCAAUCACUGCUGCUGAUUUGCAUCGGUGUCAUUUUCGGCGUCAUCUUCUACUACGCCUCCGAUGUGGACAUCGAAAAUACGCUAUGGAAGUUGACUCCCACCAUGUUCUUCCACUUCCUCCUUCCGCCCAUCGUUUUGGAUGCCUCCUUCGGCCUCUACAACCGCACCUUUCUUGACUACCUUGGCGGCAUUCUUAUGUAUGCUGUGCUUGGAACCGUCUUCAACUUCCUCAUCAUUGGACCCCUGAUGUAUGGGCUGUAUGUAGGCGGAGCCAUGGGAAGCGGUCUGGGAAGCAUCAGUCUGAAUUCCUUCUUUUUGUUUGCCUCACUGAUCGUCGCCGUUGAUCCGGUUGCCGUGCUUGCCAUCUUUCAGGACAUUGGUGUAGAGCCGGGUUUGUACUACAUGGUCUUUGGUGAAUCCCUCCUCAACGAUGCCGUCACUGUUGUGCUCUAUGACAUCAUGAGUGAGUUUGUCAAAGUGACCACCGUCUCGCCCGCCGACGUCGGUCUCGGCUUCGCGUCCUUUUUCACCAUCAGUUUAGGUGGUCUUCUGGUCGGUGUUGUUUUUGGCGUCGUUAGUAGCUUCCUAACUCGCUGGGAGUCUCACUUCUCUUCCAUCUUCAUAAUCACUAUGGCCUACUUCUCCUAUAUCAUGGGGGACUGUCUGGGCUGGUCUGGAAUCAUUUCGAUGAUUGGAUGCGGCCUGGUUCAGGCCAACUACGCCUUCCACAACUUAAAAUCCACUGCCCUGAACACCACUCGUCAGAUAAUUAAGCAGAUUUCGGAGGUCAGUGAGGGCAUUAUCUUCUUCCUCAUCGGCGUCCAGCUAUUCUCCUCGGAGAUCCUCUGGAACACGGGCUUCUGUCUGUGGGCUCUGGUGAUAUGUCUACUUGCUCGAACUGUCGUGGUGCUGUUGCUGAGUCUUUUCAUCAAUAAAACUCACAUCAACGGCAUGAAGAUCAGUAUGAGGGAACAGGCUAUCCUGAUCUACGGUGGCCUGCGUGGAGCGGUAGCCUUUUCACUAGCCAUUCUUGUGGACUACAAUCAACUGGGCGGUGACGGGGAAAAAGUGCGCAAAAUCAUCAUCACAGCCACGCUCUUCAUCAUCUUGGUGACGGUGGGUUUAAUGGGUCUGACCAUGAAACCCCUGGUUCGACUGUUCAAUGUCAAACUCGCUGGCGAAAAGAGCCUGAGUCUCUGGUCGGACAUGAACAACACCAUAUUGGAUCACACCCUGGCCGGUGUUGAGUGUAUCGCGGGUUCAACUGGCCGCAAUCAGACACGUGCCUUCUUCACUCGUCUGGACGACAAGUAUAUCCGUCGGUGGCUGCAACGCGAGCCCGAGACCCAUGAUCAAAAGAUCAUCAAAACCUACGAAAAGAUUGCCCUGAAGCUGCACUUUGCAACUAUUCGUCCAGAUCAGUCCUCCAGUCAUCUACGUUCUCUCCCAGAGUCGUUGGUUCGCCAACACAUGUCAUCGACCGAGUGCAUGCUCCAACUGCCGUCCAUUGUGGCUGCAACCUCAGAUCCGAACUUAGAGGAGUUCUUUGUGAGACAUUCGACCAGCGCUAUCUCACUGCCAUCUAGAGAACUGGAAGAACAAGAGCAUAAAGAAAAAGAAGAAGAAGUUGGACAUUAUCGCCGCAAGUCGAUACACCGAAAGUCGGUGCACUUUGGUGAACAGGCAGGAGGAGAGGAGGGAAGUUUGUUCGAUCCACACUGGCGCCGACGAACAAGUCUGAUCAACGAGGGCAAGGAAAUGGAGGACUUCAAAGACACCUUCCUGGACGUCAUGAAUGCGAAGUCGCGUGUAAUGAAACAACGCCGGCGAAGCACUCUGAGGUCUAUUGACGAGGAAACUAGGCUCAACACUAUGGCCAACCAACGAAUUCCCACACGGGAGGAGUUGAGCAAGUCGAGGGAGACGGUACUCAGUGAAAUUGCUGAGGAAGACUCGCGCCACCGAGAUAGCGUAACUUAUGAAAAUGAAUCUGACGGGGCCAGUGAGAGUGUUGCCCUGCCAAAGAGGGACUAUCCUGGAGUGAAGAAACCCUCGGGCUCAAUCAACUUUAGUCUUGGAGGUGAAGAGCUCUAA